UUCCCCAGGAUGUUUUCCACCAAGGCAGCGUCAGUUGCGGCGGCAUCAGCGGCGGCUGUCGCGGCAUCGGGUGCGGAGGCGGCAGCAGCGGCGGGGGCAGCGGCGGCGGCAGCGGUGGACCGCGUAUUGGACGAGCCGUGCACGCCCGACGCGCUGUCUUCCCCCCGCCGCUCCACCUCGUCUCUCUUCUCUCCCUCCGCCUCCGCCUGCGCCUCCCCCUCCCCCUGGUCCCGCCGCCGGCGCAGCGAGAGCUCUCUGCUGCUCGCGGAUUGCGCCACUCCCGACCGCUCCGGCGCCCCCCGUCCCGCCUUCCCCCCCUGCAACGCGCCGCCAUCCCACCUUCCGCCGUUCCCGCCACCAGCAGCGCGCCAUUUCCCCCGCUCCGCGUCCUCCUGCUCCGCCGCGUGCCCGGGGUGCUGGGAUCUCUCCCUCGCCUCUCCCCGCGCCUCCCCGCGCUACGCUGCUCCGCGCGCCGGUCCGCGGGAGGGCAGCGGAGUGGGGCACGGAGAAUGGGGCGAAUCAGCGGACGGCGGAGAAAGCCUGGGCGCGGCGGAAGGAUGGGGGGAGCGGAUGGCGGAGCAGCGCGGGUGGCUGAGACGGUCGGAGACGUUUGCGGUGGGGGAGGGGGGAAGACGGGGCGUGGGGAGCAGAUGGCGGGAUGUGCGCGCGGAGCAGAGCGGCGAUAAUGACUGGGAGAUCGCGCAGGGGGACUGCAGGGGCGGAGCAGAACGGGACUGGCGGAGGGGAUGGCGCGCAUGGACGCCGCUGUACAGCAACGGGGGGAGAAUGGAGGAGGGGGAGGAGGGGGAGGAGGGGAGAGGCGCGGAGAGGGGCGGCGUGGUUUGCAGCGGCAGCGGCAGUUGCAGCAGCGUGUGCGACAGCGGUAGCGGGAACGGGAGCGCCGGCAGCAUGAGCACGAGCAGCAGCGGCAGCUGCGGCAGCGGCGUGUGUGAGAUGCCGGCAGGGACGCAGGGCGGCGGCAAGAAGCAGGAGGCGAAGGAGAGCAGCGGGGUGAGCGAUACUGGCAAGAGCGGCCACGAGGUGAGAGCAGCCGCAGCCGCAGUAGCGAAGAAGGCUGGCGCGUGGGAGAGCGCGGAGAGCGGGGCGGAGAGGAUGAGGAUGCGGAUGCGGAGCAGCAGCAGCGUGCGCGCGGAGCAGCUGCGCCUGAUGGGCCUGGAGAAGACACUGUCCGCGGGCCGCAUGCAGCGCGCCAGGAGCGACGUGCGCGCCGGGUAUGCCGCGUGGGCGCGCCGCCUUGAGGACGGCAGCGGUAUCACGGACGGCAGUGCCUUCAGGGACGGCAGUGGUUUCAGGGACGUGCGCACAGAUGCGCGGCGAGGCAGCUGCGACGCAGCAUACAAGGGGGAUGAUCUAGGGGGUGGCUAUGGUUACUACUACAGAGGAGCCGGUGGGCGCGGCGCGCGGAGCAUGACCAUCCGCGAGAGCGAGGAGAUCCCCGCAGAGCCCACCUCCGCUCAUCGCCCCCUCCUCUCCAUCCCCCCGCCCUCCGCCUCCGCCGCCUCCCCCAUGCGCCGCUCCCUCUCUGACCUCUGGCCCGCGCGCCCGCCUCUCCUCCCCCUCAACCCCGCCCUGGCCUCCCCCGCGAAAGCUAGAGGGGGGAGAACGGGCGCAGGGGGUUGGGGCGCGGGGAAAGGAGGGGGAGAGGCGGAGGGUGUGUGGGGGCAGCGCGGGAACGAGGGGAGGGGCAGGUGGAGCUUAGAAGGCGCGCACGCGGAAAUGGGGGACAUUCCGAGGAGGGCGCGCACGGAUGUGGGGGGGAUGGGAAGGGACGCAUGGGAUGGGGGAAACACAUGGGGGGAGGGGAACGCGGGCGCAGAGGGGAAGGCGCGGAGGUGGCGGCGCGCGUCGUUAGAGGUGAUUCAAGGUGCGGCCAGGGGGGAAUGGGGGGAGGUGUAUGGGGGGGGAAUGGUGGGGGGAGAGACGCUAGCUGCGGAGCAGGAGGCGGGGGAGGAUGCAGGGGAGGGCGGAAUGGAGAUAGUGCGCGUGGAAAGCGGCAGCAGCAGCAGCAGCAUCGGCAGCUUGAGUGCGGGAGGGAGUGGGAGUGGGGACGAGAGCAGCGGUGCGGAGGGGGUGUGUGAGGGGCAGGGGAGGGGAGCAGGGGGGGAGGUGAGCGGAAGCAACAUGAGAGGAAGCGAGGAGGAGGAGUGGGCGAGAGUGAGGAGGCAGGGAGGGGAAGCAGGGCGCAUGGGAGUUUUUAAGGCCAGAGGCGUCGCUGUGGCGUCGCCCCCUCGCUCUGGUGCUUUCCGGAUCUGCGAAGAAGAGGAGGAGGAGGAGGUAGAGGAGACAGCAUACAGCAAUGGCAGCAGCAUAGGCGACACAGACAACACAAGCAGAGCAAUCCCCGUGCUUGCAGGCGCCCCUGACGCCAUGGCAGGAGCACAUGGGGCGGAGGGGGAGGGGCAGCGCGGGGAUGGAGAGAGGACGGGAAGCAGUGGGGAUGGCGGGUGGGCGGGGGAGCAUGGGGGGAAUAGAGAGCAGACUCGUGGUGCUGCGUGGGGUAUGCACGUGAUGCACCCUGCACGCCAUGGUUCCGCUGCUGCUGCUGCUGCUGCUGCUGCUGCACCCUCUGCUCUCCCUGCUGCACCUUGUGUGCUGCUGAACCUGGCGCCAGGCAUGGGCGACCUACUCCCUCGUGCAGGUGCCUCGUACUGGCACCCCCUGCUGCCCCGUGCCAUUGACUCCAUAGAGCUCUCGUCCAAGGGCUGCGCAGCAGCGGGCUUGGAGUCGACACAGCCAUGUGCCGCUGCCGCUGCUGCUGCCCAGUGCAUGGCGCUGUGCUCUGCGCUCUCGUCCCACCUCCUCGCUGCUGCUGCCUCGUCUGCUUCCACCGACCCGCUCUGGCACCUG